AUGUCAGCCAUUCGACCAAUUCUUUCCUCUCUCCGAAACCUAUCCAAAGCAUCCCACAGUUCACACAGCGCCCAAUCCAAAUCCAAAUCCAAAUCCAGCCCUUCAAAACCCGCACCGCUACCAUCAACAAUAUCCAUACAUCUGCACUGUCGAAUCAAGACCAACGUGCCUGCUCCAUAUGCAGGAGUAACUUCUGUGGCGUCCGACGCGAUUGGGUUAUCUGUUGCCGCGCAGCCACGUGAUGGGCAGGCGAAUAUUGCUGUGCGGGAGGUCAUAAGUGAGGCCCUAGCAAUACCAAAAUCCAACAUAUCCAUUCCCCAAUCCAGUCUUAAAUCCCGGGACAAGACUGUUGUGCUAGAAGAUAUAUCUAUCCCGUCUUCAACAGUCAGUCGUGUCUGUGCCGCUGGCUCUGGUUCUGGUUCUGGACCUGGAUCCGGUUCUGAAGGUCCAGAUAAAGACAAGGACAAGGACGUGGAAAAUGUAAUACAAGAUAUCAGAACGAGGCUUGUUGCUGCUAUUGUCAGCAAGUAA